UCUAUGAGAAGCCAUGGAGGCGAUCGUGGAAAUGGCGGAGAAUCAAUCGUUAGGAGAGGGACUUGUGUCGGUGGAGACGGUCGAUUCGGGGGGCCUGAGCACGCAUGGCUUGAUGUCGGGCCGCGGACUCGACAUUUCCCGGCCUGUCGUCGCCAGGAGAGGAGUGCUUUGCGAGGACUUGGAAGUAGACGUCAAGGAGGAGAGUGGAGGAGAGUUGUCCGAGUGCGAAGAAAGCAAACAACUUUCUGUAAUAGUUCAACCUCACGAGCAAGACGAUUCUCGAGAUUCCCGAUUACUCAGUCCUGGAAAAAUUUCCCCCUCCUCAGUGAGUGGGAUUUCUGUCAGUGUGGCAGGUAUGAUAGACGCGGGUGAUUUUCGUUCCUUACAACCGGAACCUACUUAUCAGACUCUUACUUCAGUCAACGGGAGGAUGUCUCCUCCUGGUUUCAGUCCUGGUUCCUCAUAUGCUACACUUACCCCUUUGCAACCUUUACCACCUAUUUCUACUGUAUCAGACAAAUUCGCUUACGGACAUCCGGGAAAUGUAAGCGGCUCAUUCACUGUUAUGCAAAACAAUGGACUGGGUUUAAGCAUGGGUGUCAAUUCUCCUUAUGGUUAUGAUAAACUGUCUUCUAUGGGAAUGUCUCCUCACCAUUAUUCUCCAAAUAAUUUGUCAGGUAUGGGGCUUUCUCAACAGCACUCGCCUCUCUCUCCACAGAGUACCUAUAGCCAGAACGGCCUUAACUCUCCUCCCAAAAGUAUGUCCCCGAACGGAUAUGAUUCCCCGUACAAUCAACGAGAAUUAGUACGAGGGGGAUUGGGUGGACAGAGCCCACAACUAAGUCCUCCUUCAGCCUCCUUACAUUCACCUCCUAGCACCCUUGUUGGUGGUUUUACUAGCUCAGGGACGAUUCCCUCUCUCAACGGCCUGACAACCAUCACACCUCAUACCCAAGCUCCUUCUGUGGUGGUCUCCCCCCAUCAUUCUCCACCAGCUCUUGUACAGCGAGAAGCUGUUGUUGUCACUGCUCCUUCACCUCCAAAACAACAAUCGACAAUUGCUUUAAAAACAGUGACACAACCUUCUUGCCCUUCAGUAGGCCCAGCAAGUAACGAAUUAGAAGAGAUAAAUACAAAGGAGCUAGCUCAGAGGAUUUCUGCUGAACUCAAACGCUACAGCAUCCCACAAGCUAUCUUCGCUCAGAGGGUCCUCUGCAGGUCUCAGGGAACCCUCUCAGACCUCUUGAGGAACCCGAAACCUUGGUCAAAGCUGAAGAGUGGGAGGGAAACAUUUCGAAGGAUGUGGAAAUGGCUCCAGGAGCCAGAAUUCCAAAGGAUGUCUGCUCUAAGGCUAGCAGGUAAGAAAUUUAAAUUUCACUUCCCGCCCCCGAAGCUCCCUACGAGAGCGAUGUAA